AAGCUUCAAGGGUUAAUGUGAAAGUCGCUUCCUGGUUGGAGGCACAGGGCGUGUUACAGUCAAGAGGAAGCUGUCAAGCUUCAGUUUGAAAGCAGAAUCGGCUCUGUCACCUAUAACACCUCACUAGAGUGAAUGAGAAGCGGAUAAGGGACGAUAACGCCACUGCUCCGUUUCUGUCUUUAAUAUUGCGUAACGCGCGAUGCUGCUGAUAUAUGAGCAGCCAGCUGAUAUUUCACAGCUCACGGCAGCCUGAUGGAGGGGACGAUUGCGGAUCUGAAAACAUCUUAGCACCGCAGAUCGGACACGGAAGGGAUCGAAACUCUCCAGACAGUUUUCACCAGUGAUCUGCAGCUGGCCAUCGAAGAACGAGUUUUUUUGGCCUUUUAAAAGAGUAAACCGAGAGGAUGGCAGGCCCGGAUUCAUCACAGCAGCAGGUUGAAGAGAAAGCCGAGCAGAUAGAUGACGCCGAGCUGGCGUUUCAGGGCAUCAAUAUGCUGCUCAACAAUGGCUUCAGAGAAAGCGACGAGCUCUUCCGGAGAUACCGGACCCACAGUCCGCUGAUGAGCUUCGGUGCCAGUUUCGUCAGCUUCUUGAACGCCAUGAUGACAUUCGAGGAGGAGAAGAUGCAGGUGGCCAGCGAUGAUCUGAAAACUACUGAAAAGCUUUGCGAGAGCGACAACGCCGGCGUCAUCGAGACCAUCCGCAACAAGAUCAAGAAGAGCAUGGACUCGCAGAGAGCAGGAGUGGAGAUUGUGGAUCGUCUUCAGAGACAGAUCAUCGUGGCUGACUGUCAGGUUUAUCUCGCCGUGCUGUCGUUCGUCAAACAGGAACUCUCAGCAUACAUCAAAGGAGGCUGGAUCCUCCGCAAGGCCUGGAAAAUGUACAACAAAUGCUACAGCGACAUCAGCCAGCUGCAGGAAGCCUGCCGCCGACGCUCCUCCGACCAGCAGGGGGCGCUGGCCUCCGAUCAGGCCAAUCACAACACCUCAGGCGAGAGCGGCGGCCGGGUAACAGAAGAGGUUCUGGACCGUCUGAAGGGUUCGGUCAGCUUCGGCUAUGGGCUCUUUCACUUGUGUAUUUCGAUGGUGCCUCCACACCUGCUCAAGAUCAUCAACCUGCUGGGCUUCCCUGGAGACCGUCAGCAAGGUCUCGACUCCUUAGCAUGUGCCAGCGAGAGCAAAGAUAUGAAGGCGCCACUCGCAACUUUGGCUCUUUUGUGGUAUCACACCGUGGUGCAGCCCUUCUUUGCUCUGGACGGCUCUGACUCGCAAGCCGGGCUCCUGGAAGCCAAAGCCAUUCUGCAGAAGAAGGCGAUUGUUUACCCAAACUCCUCUCUCUUCAUCUUCUUUAGGGGACGGGUGCAGAGAUUAGAGUGCCAAAUCAACAGUGCGCUGACGUCAUUUCAGGAUGCUCUGGAAUUUGCCUCAGACCAAAGAGAAAUCCAACACGUGUGCCUCUAUGAAAUCGGCUGGUGCAGCAUGAUCGAGAUGAACUUUGAAGACGCCUUCAGGUCGUUUGAGCGGCUGAAGAACGAAUCCCGCUGGUCUCAGUGUUACUACGCUUACCUCACUGGAGUAUGUCAGGGGGCUUCUGGUGAUCUAGAGGGAGCCAAAGCUGUUUUCCAAGAUGUCCAGAGGCUUUUCAAACGCAAGAACAAUCAGAUCGAGCAGUUUGCACUGAAAAGAGCAGAGAUGCUGAGGAAAGUCUCCCUUACGCGAGAGCUGUGCAUUCUGGGUGUUGUGGAGGUGCUGUACUUAUGGAAAGCUCUUCUAAACUGCUCUUCCUCCAAACUCCAGCUUAUGAAUCAAGUGCUACAGGGGCUGGACGAGCAGUCAAGCCUGGGCCUAAAACACCUGCUGCUUGGGGCCAUUCAUAAAUGUCUUGGGAAUAUUAAAGACGCUGUUCAGUCGUUCCAGCUGGCGGUGCAGGAUGAAUACGGCCGUCAGACAAACAGCUAUGUGCAGCCCUAUUGCUGCUAUGAGAUGGGCUGUGUGUUACUGGCUAAACCAGAGACCCUGAGUAGAGGAAGAUCAUUGCUGCUUCAGGCCAAGGAGAACUACGCCGGGUACGACUUCGAGAACAGGCUGCACGUCCGCAUCCAUUCUGCCCUCGCCUCCAUAAAGGAAGUGGUCCCUCGCUGACCCGUCCGACCUCAGAAGAGCACCGUACUUUUGACUGCUCCUUUCCAGCACUUUUUGAAAUGAAAGCCAUUUGAAGUAAUCCAGCUCUUCUGGAGGGAGAAACUGAAAGUCAGCGGAUUUCAGGUGAUCGAGGACGAGUUGGCCGAUAUUUUUCAGCCUAGAAUUGAAAAGGUUCACUCUUCAUGUAGCUGUUGGUCCCAGUGAUGUAAUCUAAUUUUCACGUUCACAUUUACACCCACGUUAUAGUGCAGAUCCACAGAUUUUGUGUGUUCAGGAUUGAUCUAGAGAAGUGCAGGAAAACAUAACCCUUACAAACAAACACGAGAGUUAGAUCCUUUCCCAGAGCUUGUUAUAUCAUACAAAACACAUUAGCAUGGGAUAGAACUCUACAUUAGAUAACAUUAAUACCAAAAAAUUAAAAAUAUAUUGUGUAACCCUUUAUCUCAAAGAAAUAAUAGUAUCCAAACUUAACAAUAACUACCUGUGUCAAAUCAAGUUUGUAUGCGUCUGGUGUAAUGGCGGACCGAUAUGAGACCGAUAUGGCCAUGCUAUGAUUUCACUUAAAUAAAUUUUUAACUAUAUAAUUAGUCCAAUUUGCAUCAAAUCUGUGUUCAGUUAACGAUAUUGAAAUGUAUUCUUACUUAAUUAACUAUAGUAAUUAUUUUUAUGAUCCAGUAAAACUU